AUGGAUUUAGAUGCUCAACUGGAGAAACUUGAGAAGCUUAGCUCUACUCCUAGCAAGGUUAAAUCCAAGGCUGUGGAUGAGGCAGUGGAAAGGGUAAAAAUCUGGCAAUCGACUGAGCUGGACCUGGAUGAAAACAGAGAAGCUGUUGAUCAAUUGAUGAAGGAUCUGGACCUGCUGCAUAGACAGAACAUGGCUCCCAAGCCCAUUCUUGAGAUCAGCCUGGACUUGGCAAAAGAUGUACUCAACCUUCAUGACCACUAUGAGGAUCUCAAGCCAACCUUCAAAGCCUCCGAGUUUUGCAAGACUACUCAUGAAGCCAAUUUGGCUGAAGGCAGAACUGGACACGAUGGUUGCAAGCUACAAAGAAGCCAAUGCCAUUGCUGA